AUAUUACAAAUUCUUUAUUAACAUAUGAUGAAAAAAUGAAUCUUCAAGAUCAACGUAAACAAGAAUUAAAUAAUAGAAUUAAUGAAAUGAUAAAUGAAACAGAGAAUAUUGAUAAUUUAAAAGAAAAUCAAGUUUUAGAUAAUUUAAUAAAACGUUCAGAUAUAACAUUUCAUGGAAAAAAUUUAUUGCAACAAAAUAGAAAAGUAAAAUUAAAUGAAUUACAACAAGAGCUUUUACAAUAUUAUAAAGAAGAAAUUAAUCAAACAGAAGUUCUAUCACAAUUACGAGAAAUUCAAUUAACAAUUGGAAAUGAAGAAAGAUUAACAGCAGAGCAAAAA